AUGAAGCCCUUUUCAGGGUCUCACACCGGAAAGAACAUAGCAAACGAACUUAACAUUAUUGCUGCACGGUGGAAUAUUCCGUUAAAUAAAAUACACAUUAUUGUACAUGAUAGUGGGGCUAAUAUGGUAAAAGGAGUUCAAGUGGCUGAAUACGAUUCAACUAGGUGUUUUAUUCACUCACUCCAGCGAGUCAUUACUGAAUCACUUAAAACUCAACAUGAUUUAGUAGAGAUGCUGAAUGCCUCAAGACGCAUUGUAACUCAUUUCAAGCAUUCAGGAUUAGCACAAGAAAAACUGAAGGCAAUUCAAACAGAGUUAAAGUUACCAGAACAUCAGUUGGUGCAAGACAUCAGUACACGUUGGAACUCGACGUACUAUUUACAAGAGCGGCUGCUAGAACAAAGACGCGCUGUUUCUUUGUAUAUAACCGACCACAAUAAACUCAGCAACUUGACUCUUUAA